AACUAGCAACAUUUGUCGCCAUUUUGAAGUGAAAGAAAUAGUUCUUGUUUCUCGAGUUAUCAUGUGGUGGUAAAUGAUUAUAUGUGAAUUAAUCUACUUUUCUUGUUGAAGUGUUUUGUAACUAAUCAUUAAAGUGUAGAAGUCCUUAACUGGUGAACAUGGACCCUAACCUGGACGCGUCCUUAGUGACGCAGUCCAUUAACUAUCAUGGGCAACAACUGCAGAAAACGUGGGAAGCGGAAAGAGGAGAAGACGAUUUAUCCAAAAUUAAUGUCGGUGUCUUGGACUUUGCUGUUUAUCAGUCAAGGCACAAGCAUCUGACGUUUCAAGACCGCGGGAAGCGUUUGAAGCUGCACCAAUUUAUUGCUAAGGAGGCUAAUGCUUUGUUUGAUACUUCGAUUAUGGAAGAGGCCCCGUCGUCGUCUAGCCUUGGAGCUGACGCGCCGACUCCCGAAGACAAUUUAUAUGCUUUAAUGCCACCUUUUGAAACAUUCUUGAAUGUGGACAAGUCAGCAAGGCUGCGGCAUUUCUUUGAUAAUGUGAAGACUGGAGAACUUAUCAUAGGAGCAGUAAUCAACAGGACGGCAUCUGGUAUGAUGCUGAAGGUUCUUUGCACAGCAGGACCCACAUCUAGAUAUGUAGCUGACAUUAAUGUAAAGGCAUUUUUACCUGUGACUAAUAUCAUACCAGCUGUUGACAAGAAAAAUGUGUCAAGAAACUACCUCAUGAAUGACACUGUUUGCUGUGAAGUGAUUGAAGUUAUCCCUGACACUGACAAAAUGGUGUGCGGCAUGAAGGGAGUCACACGAAGCCCGGAUGAUCCUCCGCCAAAGCCGCCGCUUGGGCUACUCAGCACUGAUGACUUCCCUCUAGUAUACAAGAAAACAGUGGAUAUGAAGGGAGAGAGUUUUGAAGCCAUAUUGGAGAAGAGUCCAGGCUUCAAUAACCCCAACUGCGUUCAAUAUCUCUCUGAACUGCUCGGCAUCAGCAACAUGCACUGCACCAAUUUCUCAUCACUAAGGGGUGGGUUUCCGUCUACAGAAUAUGCGGAUGAACUUCGUCAAGCACAAGCCAGCAAGUGGGCUUUCCGCUCUGUUGCUGAGGGAAUUGAACACUUUAAAGCAGGAAGACAUUCAGAAGCGUUCCAGUGCCUAAAUAAAGCUCUGAGCAUUGACCCCAGAAAUGUUGAAGGUCUAGUAGCCAGAGGAGCCUUGUAUGCCAAUAGUGGCACAUUUAAAAAAGCAAUAGAAGAUUUCGAAACUUCUUUGAAACUGAAUCCCAAUCAUGCUAAUGCAAGAAAAUACCUCGGAGAGACUUUGGUCGCGUUAGGUCGCAGUUACGAAGAUGAAAAUAAAAUUACUGAAGCACAGAAAGCAUAUGAGGAUUGUCUUGCUAUAAUCCCGUUUCAUGAAGAAGCGCAAAAUUCUCUUGACUUUUUAAAGAGUAAAACAUCAACUGCAAAACCUUUGAUUGAACCAGCUGAGUUGUUACUACCCGGAUUGACGGGAGCGAAGUCUUAUGAGAUGAAAGAAACCUUGAAACAGUUGUUGAAUCUGACUGAAAAGAAGGACAAGAAGAAAAAGAAGAAGCGCGGCAAGGGUAAGAAGAAGCGGUCCAGCAGCUCCUCAUCGUCAUCUAGUGAUUCGUCGAGUUCCAGCUCAUCUUCAGAAUCUUCAUCAUCGUCUUCUGAUACUAGUGAUUCAGAGGGUCCAAAUCGCAAAAAGAAACGUCGUUCUCAACCAAACAAUAAGCGGCAACGGUCACUGUCUCCACUCAGCAAGCGUAUGGAGAUGAUGGGUGCGCCUGAAGCCGGCACGAGGACACACAACUCGCAAUUCAAUCACCCUUACGGGUACCAACCACCACCGCCGCCUGUGGAAGACGUCAACCCAGAACCACAGCGUUCACAGGCAGAUAUAGAAUAUGAACUUAAGGUACGAAAAUUCUUAGAGAUGACCAAAGAAGAUUCUGACUAUGAAGACAAAGUUCGUAAUUUCUUGGAAGAAACUGCGCAGUACAAACGCAAUCGUAAGAUGCAGGAGUUGGGCCAGCAGCCACAGCCGGGUGCUGAUAGGGAUAAGAAGAAAAAGAAGAAGAAAGACAAGUCAGUACCUUUCACUGAUCUGUUCAUAUUGGGGAAAAAGAAGAAGGAAUCCAAACGGAAGCGCAAGGAACAAGAGCGUGAAGAAAAGCGGAAAGCAAAGCUCGCUCGCGCCGCGGCCAGCAACGAGUACAACAUGCGCGACAUUGAGAGCAUCGGAGACAAGAAACUUAGAGAUGCGAUCAGGAAAGAGUUGAAAGGGAAAAAGAGAGAUCUCAGUUCCGACGGCGAGUACGAUAGAAAACAUGAUAAGAGGAUGCUAGACGAUAUGCACGGGCUCGAGGAGCUGGAGUCCAAGCUGAGCGCGUACCACGUAAUGGUCGAGAAGGAGGUCCUGCACAAGCGCGACGGGCGCGGCUCGCUCAGCCCCGGCGACCAGGCGCCGCCGCCGCCGCUCGAGAAGCCCAAGUGGAAGAUGUCCAUGAGCGCCGUCAAGGAUGCAGUAAAGAAAAAGGAAACCCCAGUUCCAAAAGGUUACAAAGAACAUUAUGCUUUCGAGGACAGCUCUGAUGACUCACAAGAAAACGCAAAACCAUCACCAUCAAGCGGUGAUAAAAAUGUAUCAGUGCGUCGUGCGAUGGCCAUGAAGGAGCCGCCGCCGCUGCCGAGCGCGCCGCCGCCCAACAAGCGCGAGCCCGACCCGCCCGGGACCGAGCCCUCGCACCCCGUUCGUAAAGGGAACAUAGUUUUGGACAAGUUUGGCUCGUUCCGCUUGGCGCAGGAAGGCGAGACACCGGUGUCGGUGGGCGACGGGCGGCCAGAGCAGUUCGUGACCCGCAUCAAGCCCCCUUCACCUUCGGGACGACGACCUCGCUCGCCGCCUUCUCCGAGAAGGCGUUCUUCCAACUCCUCUGAUGACGAUAGAAGAUCUAAACGCUCGAGGAGCAGGUCCCGACCACGCAAGUACCGUUCGCGAUCCCGCUCCCGCUCUCGCUCGGCGUCCAGCGCCAGCGGCUCGGUAGCCUCCCGUCGCCGCCGCUCGGGCUCGCCUCGCUCCCGCUCCCGCUCUGACGCCAGUCGCUCCUACUACUCGCGCAGCAGGUCCCGUUCGCGCUCGGGCUCCAGGUUCCGUCGCUUCGUCCGGCGCGGCAACUGGCGCGGGCGCGGCGGCUUCGAGCGCGGCACGUACUACCGGCCGCGCUUCCACACGUACAGCGGCGGGAGAGGCCGCGGCCGCGGCGGGGGCGACUUCCGCCGCGACGACGGGCGCCGCUUCCAGCAGGAGUGGCGCGACAACCGCUCUCGCGGCGGCCGCCCCUUCAGGCCUCGCCGCGGUGGCGGUGGCCGCGGACGACCCUUCCGGGGAGGCUACCGCGACUUUCGGGAUCGCAGAGGCGGUCGGUUCUCCAGAUCGAGAAGCCCAGAAAGGCCACGUCGAUCCAGAUCCUACAGUCCCGAACGACGUGACAAAGACAGGGAUAGCUACUCCCGCUACUCUGAGCGAGACAGUCAUCGCAGUGAAGGAGAGUAUGAAGAAGAAAGAUAUGUUGAUAGAAAGGAAUAUGAUGGAAAAUGGGCGGAUGGAAAUGAACCUGAGAGAAAUUCUCAUGCUGAAGAGAAACCUGCCGAACAAGCACCCAAAGAAUAACAAACCACCAACAUUGUCUUCUGCCACAGAGUUCUAGGUUAAUAGAUAGCUUUUGUUUAGGUGCUACACACCAUUGUACUCUUUAACUAUGAAUUCUUGAGCUAUUGAAAAAAAAAGGUUUGAUAUAAUAUGUUAUUUGAUAUAUUAUAAACACAUCAAAUUUCAUGGUCAAUUUAAAAUUACAAAAGUAUUCAUAUUAUAGGUAGCUGUAAAUAUGUGUGUAAAGUACAAUAAGAAUGAUCUUUUAUGAUUGUAAAUGAAGAAUAGUAUUUACAUAGAUUAGAUUCCAAUUCCGCAUUUAAUACUUCCGGGAACUUGGUUAGUGACACUAUUACCUUACUAUUCUAUGGUUAUCAUAUUUUAUUUACCAUUUAUCAGUACUUGGUAAACAAAUCAUUCCAGACUUAGCACAGUGUUUGUCAAUGUCAGUCGCUGUUUAGUAUUAGUUCCAUUUUUGUGAUUGGUAAAAAUUAUUAUCUCAAUAAACUGAUAAUAUGUUAA